UUUCAAUGAAAAUCGAAUCUUCAUCCAUUUUCUUCUCUGCUGCUCUCUCUCUCUCUUUCUCUCUAAAGUCCGUGUUCUUAAACCCUUAAUUUUCUUCAAGUGUGUUAGUUUCUCAACUGUUAAUAUGGUAUCGAGCCAGCGAUUCUGCUGUGGUUCAUCGGAGUUUUGGGUCCUCUGACGGCUUUCUGGGUUUGAUUGGUGAUUUCAAUGGUUCUAGGAAAUCUUGUAGUUUAGUAUAUGAUUUCUGAGUUGCUUAGUAAAUAGAGUUGUGGGCACGAAGCCAUUGAUGAUAAUCUUGAGAUUCUUGUAGUUGUUUGAUUGAAGGCACGAAGCCAUUUCUGUGAAGAUUCUUGUUUGAUUGAAGGCACGAAGCUAUUUCUGUUAAGAUUCUUGUAGUUGUUUGAUUGAAGGCACGGAGCCAUUUCCGUUGUAGUCUAGUAAAUUGGCAAGACUUGUUGGCACAAAGCCAUUUCUGUCCGAUUCUUGAAAACUUUUGUAAUUGUUUGAGGUUCUUAAAGUUAACUGAUGAGAAUUUUUCGAAGUGGGUUUUUCAAUUCAAGUUUGUUCUAAAAGGAUACAAGUGUGUUAGCUUCUCAACUGUUAAUAAUGUUUGCAUAAAAGCAUACAUAUGUGUGUUUGUAUACAUCAAGAACUGGUGUAAGUGGUUUAAUUACUUGGAUUGUUUCAAUUUCUUCUGCAUUGUAGGAUUGAAGACGUAUUGCAGUUCGGCAGAUAUGGACUUUGUGUACUUUAAAGACCAGCAGAACUUGAAAAAGCUUGAGAAAAUUGAGAAGUUUGAAGCUCAACAGACCGUGGAACUUAAGAAAAUUAUUGUGCUGCGUGAUGCUGAAAACAAAGAGCUUGCCAAACAUCUCGAGAUAACAGAGGAUCAAAUUAAUGAACUCGAGAAACAUCUUGCGCAGACUGAAGCUGAUAAGGAGACACUUAAGAAAAAACUUCUUGGAGUGCAGAAUGAAGCUAAAAUGAACAAACAGCUCAGAAUGAAAGUGCUUGAGCUGCAAAAUGUAGCUGAUCAAAACAAAAAACUUAAGAACGAUCUUGAGAAAAAGCUUGAGCAGAGCGAAUCUCGGAAGAAAGAGCUUAGUGAAGAACUUCAGAAGAUUAAGGAUAAAAAGGAAGAGCUUGAGGAAAUUCUUGACAUAAAUGAGGCUGAAAUGGAAGAGCUUGAGGAAGCUCUCGAGAACAUUGAGGCUGAAAAGGAAGAUCUUGAGGCUGAAAAGGAAGCUCUUGAAGACGAGCUUGUGCAGAUCGAGGUUGAUAAGAAGGCAUUUAACAAGAAAGUGCUUGAUUUGCAGAGUGAGAUUGAUCAAAACAAAGAGCACCAGAAUGAUCUUGAGAAAAUGAUUGAACAGUGUGAAGCUCAGAAGAAAAAGCUUAAAGAAGAGCUCGAGGAGAGUGAGAUGCAACUGCAACACACGAAGAAUGAGCUUGGGAAAGUGAUUGAACAGAAGGAUGCUGAAAAGGAAGCUCUUAUGCAAAAGCUUGGGAAAACGGAAGCCAGUAAGGUCGAGCUUAUGAUAAUUAUUGCGCAGCGGGAUGCUGAAAAGAAAGAUCUUACCAAACAUCUGGAUAACACAGAGGCUCAAAUUGAUGAAUUAGAGAAAGAUCUUGAGCAGACUGAAGCUGAUAAGAAGGCACUUAGGAAAAAAGUUCUUGAGCUGCAGAAUGAAGCUAAGAUGAACAAACAGCUUAGAAUGAAAGUUCUUGAGCUGCAAAAUGUGGCUGAUGAAAACAAAAAACUUAAGAACGAUCUUGAGAAAAAGCUCGAGCAGAGCGAAUCUCAGAAGGAAGAGCUUAGGGAAGAACUUGAAGAGAUUGAGGCUGAAAAGGAAGCUCUUCAGGCUGAAAAGGAAGAUCUCGAGGCAAUUGAGGCUGAAAAGGAAGAUCUUGAGGCUGAAAAGGAAGCUCUUGAGGCUGAAAAGGAAGAUCUUGAGGCUGAAAAGGAAGCUCUUGAGACUGAAAAGGAUGCUCUUGAAGACGAGAUUGUGCAGAUCAAGGCUCACAAGAUGGCACUUAACAAGAAAGUGCAUGAGUUGCAGUGUGAGAUUGAUCGAAACAAAGAGCAUCAGAAUGAUCUUGAGAAAAAGAUUGAACAGAGUGAAGCUCAGAAGAAAGAGCUUAAAGGAGAGCUUGAGAAGAAUGAGACCCAACUGAAACAAAUGAAGAAUGAGCUUGAGAAAGUGAUUGAACAGAAGGAUGCUGAAAAGGAAUCUCUUAUGAUAAAGCUUAGGCAAACUGAAGCUGGAAAGGGCGAGCUUAAGAAAUCCCUUGAACAUUUUGGGAUGGAACUGCAAGAGCUGGCGAAAAUGAGCGAGGAGAAAUCACAUAGGUUCAUCACGCUUGAGAAUGAUUUUCAGAAAAGUUUGGAGCAAAGUGAAUGUCAGAAGAAAGAGCUUGAGAAGAUUCAAGCUGAAAAGAUUAACCUCAAUAUAGCUCUUGAGCAGAAAAGUAGAGCUUACAAAGAUGGAGCCUUUCUUUUUAAGAAGAAACAACUUGAGAACAUAGAGCUUACCAAGAAAAUGGCUGAGCUAGAAAGGGAAGCUGAUCUAAACAAAGAGCUUAAAAUUAAUUUUGAGAGAGAGCUUGAGCGUAAUGAAUGUCAGCAGAAAGAGCUUGAGCAGACUAGAGCUGAAAAGCUAGAGCUUACGUUUCAGGUUGAACAGACUAAAGCUGAAAAGAUAAAUCUUAUGACAGCUCUUGCACAGAUGGAGAUGCAACUGCACGAAAUGAAUGGGACGGUUGUUUUAGAGCAAAAGAAGGCUGAUGAGUUGGCGGCAUCUUUGGCCAGAGAACGAAAGAAACGGAAGAGUUAUCGGAAAAAGCUCCAGUCUGCCAACAGUGAACUGGAAAAGAAGCUUGAUGGUAAGUCUGCCAGCAGUGAAUUGGAAAAGAAGCUUGAUGAUGUACAGGAUUCUGCCAACAGAGAAUUGGAAAAGAAGCUUGAUGAUGUACAGGAGUCUUCCAGCAAUGAAUUGGAAAAGAAGCUUGAUGAUGUACAGGAGUCUGCCGGCAGCAAUGAAUUGGAAAAGAAGCUUGAUGAUGUACAGGAGUCUGCCGGCAGUGAAUUGGAAAAGAAGCUUGAUGAUGUACAGGAGUCUGGCAACACUGAAUUGGAAAAGAAGGUUGAUGAUGAACAGAAGGAAAGCUCAGAUGAGAUCGAAGUUUCUGAUGAUGAUUGGCUUAAAGUUUAAGUUGCUUUAUUUGACUCAAGUUCGGUUGCCAUAGAUUUAAACGUUUAACUUGGUUUAAUUUGUUUAAAGUACAUCAUAUGUAUGUAACUUGCCUAAAUCUUUUUGCGGUUGGAACAAACGAUUGAUUAUAUAUGCUUUUUACUGGUAAAUAACUAUUUGUGGAUUUUCAUGUCA